GUAGGAUCGUUAAGAGCAAGCGGGCGCUUAUAUAAUAUUCAACAGAACCAAGCUCGAUCAAUUUGUAUUGAAUUCCACUCCCUAGCUUUUUGAUUUCGUUCUUGCUUGAGCCUUGCUCUGUGUUUCAGUCGUGGUUUCUAACUACUUCCUAGAUCUACCAACGUGUUGAUAAUGGCACGAAGUUCUGUCUCUAGCGACGACGAGGCACCGGAGGCAAUUUCUUUCAAUUCCGAGAAGAAAGCUGCGAAAGGUCGUGACGCAGCUCUGCAACAGUUCCAAUCGGAAGAGAGACUCAAGACGAAGGAGAAAAAUAGGCGGAAGGAUCAAGCUCUCAAAGAGCGUGCCUUAUCAAAACGAAAACCUGAUGUCAAGGGAAAGGAUAAAGCUGUUAAUGAGGAAGAAGACGAGAAUGAGGAUGAUGGUUCAUUAGCAGGUCCUUCACGAGACGAUCUGGAGGCUAGGAUGGAGAGAGCGAUGAGGGACGCUGCCGAACAGUCUGGUUCUGACUUGGAAGACGAAGAGCCGGAGGAGUUCGAAGGCUUCAAUGCUGACGAUUCAGAGGCUGAUGAGUUCAGCGAGGCAAGCGAUGAUUCCGUCUCAGACGAAAGCUCGGAAGACGAAUUACCGGUGCAUGUCCGUGAAGACGGGGAGGAGGAGGAGUCCCCUUCCGAGGAAGAAGACGUGCCUCCUCGGAAACCUUCACAAAAGCUGGAUUACCUUCCGGACCAUCUAUUUACUGCGGCUUUCUCACAGCCUGAGACUUCUUCUGGAGCAAAACGGAAGGCUGCUGCAUCGCAAAAAGACACGCCUACGAAGAAACGAAGACGUCUCAAGAAGACAAACAAAGACAUUGUGAUUGGGUGUGUAGUCAAUUUACUCAUGUUUCUUCUAUGUACUGACCGGAAUACCUUGUGUAGCUCACGGACCAUUCGCACAGUACCCAAAAGCUCUGAUUCUUUGGUCUCAACACCUGUUUCCAAAGAGUUGCGCACUUCAGCUGGUGUCAACAAGUUCGUUAAGAAAAGUUUGAACGUCCAGGGCAAGUCUCAAAUAGCAAAAACCAAAGGCUGGGAUCGGCGGCCUGGUAAGUCCAUCAGCUCCACCAUUGACUACAUGUUCUAAGCUAGUUCUUUUGCAGUACACCUUGGCGUCAUGCGAAGAAAUGGGCCUGCAGCUCAGUUCGUACGCGCGUCAUAGCGACUUCACACUCCACUACACUCAGCUGUUCUGUCGAUAAUCAUGUCCUUCAUAUACAUGCACCCCAGGGAAUUCGGAGAUCUUCGAAUUUUCCAUUUCGUUCCAGCUUAGAGUGCACAAUCUACUCAUGAAUUAUGAGGGACAACAAUCCUAUAUUCUCGAUCUACGAAAACAAGAACAGUGACCGUACGUAUGUGAGUCGUAGCAGGAGGGCGUAUCCUACAAUGCAUAAGAGAGCUAUUGUACAAUCUCAGCUAUACAGAGCAGGAUUUUGAUCUCGUAGCAAAGCAGAGCACAAACAACAGCAAUACAAGAAAGCAGAAAAAAUCAUGAAUCAAAGGAAGCAAUGAAGCUUGAAGCAAGAU